AUGACAUAUGACGAGCCGAUUUCCCAUCGGCUAGUGGAGGCGGCUCACGCCGACGACCUCCAGCUGGCGCUCGAGCUCAUUUCCCAACCCCCGGCUGACGUUGAUUUCAGGGGCACGGUGUGCCUGAAAUCGAGGAAAGCUGAGGUGGCGCUCAAUGGUGAGCUGGCGAGUGACGUGUGCGUCGAGUUCGAGGAGUUUAGGACAGAUGUCACCCCGCUGUUCGCCGCCGCGCAUAACGGAAACCUAACGCUCGUUAGGGAGCUGCUGAAAGCAGGGGCUAAUGUGAACCAAAAACUAUUCCGAGGCUACGCGACCACUGCUGCCGUACGGGAGGGACACGUUCACGUGCUCGAGUUGCUGCUAAAAAACGGGGCCUCUCAGGCCUCAUGCGAAGAGGCUCUCUUGGAGGCAUCUUGCUUGGGCCUGGCCGGCCCAGUCGAGCUGCUAAUGGGCUCCGACUUGAUCAGUCCUCAUGUCGCGGUGCAUGCUCUCGUCACUGCUUCCGGACGAGGUUUCGUCGAUUUUGUCGCCACACUCGUUGAGAAUGGAGUUAAUCUGAAUUCGAAUGCUCGAAUUCUGCUCCAAUCCUCCAAACCGUCUCUAUACACGAAUGUCGAUUGCAACGCGCUUGUUGCAGCCAUCGUCAACCGACAGGUCUCGAUUGUCCAGCUACUUUUAAAGGCCGGUUGCCGAACGGACAUCAAGGUCAAACUCGGAGCCUGGUCGUGGGAUGUCACCACGGGCGAGGAGUUUCGAGUUGGUGCAGGCUUAGCCGAACCCUACACUGUCACUUGGUGUGCCGUGGAGUAUUUCGAAUCCAGUGGUGCGAUCCUCCGCGCGCUCCUUCACCGUAUCUCUCUCAACGUUCCCCAUCUCGGACGAACACUAAUCCACCACGCCAUCCUCUGCCAGAAUCCGAGAGCACUCGACGUGCUCUUAACUUUCGGAGCUGAUGUGGAGUCCCCGAUCGAGACAGCUCAGGUGUCGAACAUCCGGCCCGUCCACCUGGCAGCCCGACUUGGUUCAUCCACGAUCCUCCGCCUUUUGAUCAACUUCGGUUGUAAUCCGAACUCGAAAACACGAUUCGAGGAAACCGCACUCAUGAUCUGCACCCGGCAGAAAAAAGCGGAGUGUCUUAAAAUUCUGGCCUCGGCCGGGUCCGAUUUUGGCCUGGUCAACACUCUCGGUGAGGAUGUGUCGUCCAUUGCCGGCUCGGUUAAAUGGACGGCGGGAUUCCAACGGGCGGUGCUUGACGUGAUCCGAACUGGGAAAAUCGUGCGAUCGAGCAAUCUUGAAGUGUUUUCUUCGUUAAUAUUUGCCGUUCGAGCGAACGAUGUUGAGGCCUUGAAACAGCUCGUUGGGCAGCCCGAUUUGGACAUCGACGAGAAGGAUGGGAAUGGGUAUACGGCUGUCAUGGUAGCUGCAAUGAACGGACAUGUGGAGGCCUUCAAGGUGCUCAUCAAUGCAGGGGCGGAUUUGGACGUCGCGAGUAAGAACGGCGAGACGGGUUUAACUCUAGCCAAGAAAAGACUCGACGAGGAUGAAUUUACGAAAAUUUCGUCUGCAUAUGCGUAUGUGAAGAUCAGAAGCAAUGGAAAUUCGAACAAAUCGCCGGCCUUGCACCGUGCGGCCCGAGCGGGGGACCUCUUUUUAGUAAGAGAAUUGAUAGGUAAAGGCUACGACGUCAACAGUUUCGACCGCGACGGCUACACGCCGCUCAUGCUUGCGGCAAUAUCCGACGAUCGGGAAAUGUGCGAGCUUCUGAUCUCGUCGGGCGCGCGGCUCGACGUCCGCAACUCGAGAAACGAGACGGCGCUCUCGCUAGCCGGCAGGAAGGGAAAGGCGGAGGAAGCGCUACUCGACGAGGUGGCUCGGGAGUUGGUUCUUCGUGGGGCCCGCGUGAGAAAACACACGAGGGAAGGGAAAGGCCGGCCGCACGGGAAGGUGUUGAGGAUGGUGGGGGGCUCGGGCGUGUUGGCUUGGGGGAGGUCGGGGAAGAGGAAGGUGGUGUGCCGGUGGGCAGAGGUGGGCCCAAGCUCGGGAUUCCGGUGGAAUAGGAGGAUGAAACGGGACGCGAGCGGCGGCCCGGGAGUUUUCCGGGUGGUUACGACCGAGGGAAGGGAGAUACAUUUCGCGUGCGAGGAGGGAGGGGCGCGGAUGGCGGAGUUGUGGGUGAGGGGGAUAAGGCUGGUGACCCGUGAGGCGAUCUUCGGAAGGAAGGAGAUGUGA